AUGUUGGCAAAAGAAUCAGCGGGUCCGAACUUCGAUCUUCCCGAGGAUGUGUUGGAAAUACUCCCAUCGGAUCCAUUUGAACAGCUAGAUGUUGCUCGUAAAAUCACCUCCAUUGCCCUGUCGACACGUGUAUCCGCCCUCGAAUCAGAGGCGUCUAUUCUCCGCCGCAAGCUCACCGAGAAGGACGACAUCAUCGCCGACCUCCACUCCCAGAUCGAUUCCCUCGACGCUUAUCGCUCCGACAUCUCCGAUCAACUCGCUCGAGCCGAGCAAGAGAAGGUCGCCCCCAACCCGAAACAAUAA